UUGCGAUAAAACGAUCUCUGGUUUUCGAUGACUGACAGUUGAGUGUAGCAACGGAUUUCUCUGCAGGGAAUAUACAAAUAUUUCAGUUUACUCAUACUCUCGUCAACUGUAAGUCCACAUUGGUAUGGAAAGCCAAAGUUAUGGCUGCGCUCACACAUACUCAUUUCUGCACAAUAUUUUAUACUCUAUACUUAUGUCUCAUUAUUAUAAAACCUAUAAAGGGAAGCGUGUAGAGACUUGCUGUUCAGUUUCAGCACUCUUCUAGUGAUAUUAAGAUAUUCAACUUUCGAAAGUGACGCAGUAUGGAUUUCUACUAUCUUCCGCUAUCGGCUCCUUGUCGUGCUGUCACCAUGACCGCCGAAACGCUCGGCAUUAAAUUGAAUAAGAUACAGUUAGAUUUGUUUGCAGGAGCUCAUCUGAAACCAGAGUUUCUUAAACUAAACCCACAACAUACAAUACCCACAUUGGUGGAUAACGGUUUUGCAGUUUGGGAAUCACGUGCCAUAAUUGUCUAUUUGGCCGAAAAAUACAGUAAAAAUGAAUCGAUAUACCCGAAAUGUCCCAAGAAGCGCGCUCUCAUCAACCAACGUUUGUUCUUUGAUGCCGGCACAUUAUACCAGGCUUUCUAUGACAGUUAUAUAAUAAGAUUUUUAUCUAAUAAGCCUAUUGACGAAGAAAAGAUCAAAAAAAUUGAAACGGCUUUUGAGUUCUUGAAUACCUUCCUGGAAGGACAGACCUAUGUUGCCGGCGAUUCUUUAACUCUGGCUGAUAUCUCAUUGUUAGCAACAGUGUCAUCUUUUGACGUUGCCAAAUACGAUUUUAGUAAAUAUGCCAAUGUGUCUAGAUGGUACGAGAAUUUGAAGAAGAGUACACCCGGUUGGAAAGAAAACUGGGCUGGCUGUGUCGAGUAUGAGAAAUUAUUAAAUAAAAGUUCAGGUUAAGUUAAUACUUGUAAGAACUAUAUAUCUAAGUAUAUAAAUGAAAAAGAAUAAGAAGAAAUCAAUAUACUAUGUAUGUUUAUUUAUAUUGUUUGAAAA